AUGAGCGCACCACUCUCAAAGGAGCUACGGGCCAAGUAUAAGGUUCGCAGCAUGCCCAUUAGGAAGGGCGACGAAGUGCAAAUAGUUCGCGGAGAACGCAAGGAAGCUAACUCCGCAAAAGUCAUCAAAGUAUAUAGAAAGAAGUUUGUUAUCCACGUCGAACGCGUGCAAUGUCGCAAAAGCAAUGGUGCCUACGUUCCUAUUGGGAUCCAUCCGUCUAACGUGAGUCAUUUUUCGAUGUUUGAAGUGCUGAUAGGUCGUGAUUUGCAAAUUGAAAUUGGGAAAGGACCGAAAGGAUCUUUUGGAAAGGAAAGCCGCAGCCAAACUUGCCGGCCAGGACAAGAACAAAUACACAGAAGAGGUUCUGGACGCCUAA